GAAGACGAGCUGCUUCGUCAACAGACUAGAUUGAAUGAGCAGAUCUGCGAAGCUCAGAGCCUUCGGAGGGGUCUUGAGGGAACUCGUCUUCGCCUUCUUGAGUCCCUGCCAAGUCGGAUGCAUCUAACGCCACAGCCAAGCUAUUCAGCUGGUUCCACGACUCCAGCUACAACCACGUCUGACCAAAGUCAGGGCGCAGGGCUGAACAACCCACCUGAAAUCCCCACGGCCUCAGCCUCUACAUCCUCUUCUUCGUCGUCGUCUUCUGGCUUUUCAUCUGCUGCCACAGUCGACUGUUCUUGUCUAGGCAGACCCUCCUGCAGGCACCAGGUUGCGCCGAAACAGCAGGACAGUCUUGGAUUGCGAGAUCAUCUGAGUUUAAAGGACAGUUUAUCCGUGGCUCAUAGAUUUCAUAGUGCCGUUCAUAAGUUAUCUAGACAGCUUCGCACUCAGAUACACAGCAUCCAAGGCAAAUUAGAUUUAGCCAUCGUCUUUCACAUCACGGAUAUCAUUGGAGCAAUGAGUCAUGCUCAAACAGCCCUUGCACAGAUAGUCAGAGGAGUCGCUUUCACGAACUGUGCAGGCUUCCUGAAUGUAGACGCUGCUGGUGGCAGGGUCCGCAGCUCAGUUAUAUCUCGAAAGCCUCCUCGUUCUUUGAACCCAGGGGCAAAUAAAUGA